AUGAGGGUUGUCUGGAAGCAACCAACUUGUUGUCCUCUAGGUGUGGAUGCGUUAAUUACCGUCUCAAAGCGUCAGCUCACACCUCCUAGGGCCCGUGAAAGGGACGAAUUUACCGACUUCGUGCUGGUCUGCGGCCCUGAGAGGUUUCCAGUCCAUAAAGUCAUCGUGUGCAGCCAGUCGAAGGUGUUCCAUGCGGCUUGCAGCAAACCAUUCAAGGAGGCGGCAUCGGGCGUGUACGAAAUUAUUCAACAAUCACCGGUAAUGGUGCGGCGGAUGGUGGAAUACUUCUACAUCAGCAAUUAUACGGACUGCAACGAAGCCACGCUAGAUCCAAGCAAAGAGAAGCUUGAGCGCAGCGGCGAGGAGGGGCUCACGGCUUUGUGUAUUCACGCGAGGAUGUUCGCCUUGGCCGACAUAUAUCAGGUUGACCGAUUGCAGAGCUUGGCUGCUACCAAGUACGGCAAGGCGCUGGAGAAAAGAUCCAACCUCCAGGACCUCCUCGAUUCAAUCCCGGACGUUUGUCAGCUGACUCCCUGUUCGGUCCGCGCCCUUCGCGACAAGGCAGUUGUGGCCCUUCGUGUUGAGCUGGGGCAGGCGACACGGCUACACCAAUUUACCGUCGCUAGCCCUACCGCUUUUGGAGAUAACACUGGAGGAGCUGCCGACAGUCUAAUGGCAGUUUAUGACGAGGUUGCUACCGAAACGCCCGAGUUUUUGAAGGAUCUGCUAAGCUCGUAUAUCCGUAUCCCGUUGCUAGGACAAUGCUACAAUUGCGGUCCCAAACAGCCUCAGCCUGCGGAGUCCUUACAGAUGAAAUGUUUAACGCGCGCAUAUUUGCACAUUAUAACUCUAUAUUUUACAAUUUACAUUUUAAAACGGGCAAAAAUCCGAAUUUUUAUAUGUAUGUUUUAUUUAUUACAUAAUACGACGGUGCGUGCGGGGUUGUACGCCACGCUCGUCACAUUAACUACCUUUUAUUUAUACAAUUUUUUGUUAAUUUUUAAUUGCGUCGGGAAAAUAAUGAAGUCCAAACGACCUCUAUCUUCCGCCAUAUCGCAGCCCUUUCCGUUCGAAAGUACUGGCUGUGGCGUAAAUUGCGGAGUAUUAACUACCACUCGUUUACUGUGUGAAUCCCGUUUGUUUACCCCGGAGCUGCCUGGAAAACCGGUGGGUGUUAUUAAUAUCGGAGGCUCCUGGGUGCGGGCACUUUUGUUCAGUAGUUGUGCAUCAGGUCCUUAUCCAAUAAUGUUAAGGUCUGCCAGCGCGGAAUUGGUCGAACUAUUUGCCCUGUUUGAAGGUCGGAGCUCGGAUCGCGGAGUUUCAGCCACUAGCUGUUCGGCGUACGGGCUGUGUCCGCUAAACCUGGAGCCGUUUGCACGGAGGUUAUCUGCGGGAACUUUUUAA